CGACACCCGGCUCGCGGCGCCAUGGCCGCGCCCGCCAGCAGCCUGCAGCCCCUCAUGGAGACGCUGUCGGACGCAGCCGCCCCGCCGGGGGAGCUCACGGACGCGCACCUCACGCUCGUCAGUCGCCUGACUGGUGAGGAAGGCAAAGAAUUCACUGCAGAAGUCAGAAGACAGUUCCCUCAGCUUUGCAAAGUGUUUAAGGCACACGUUUCUAGUCCGAACUCAGAGCUGAGCAAUGCAGCAUUGCAGGCACUAGGAUUCUGUGUCUUUAACUCAAAUAUUACAUCUGAGUUACCUGCAACUGAAGUACACGACUUGCUUUCAACGGUGAACAGCGUUGCUGUCAGAACUUCAGACAAAAACACUCGCACUCGGGCACUUUGGGUGAUCUCCAAGCAGGCAUUUCCUCCUGAAGUUGUUAAAAAAGAGGUGUCCAAUAUUAUUUCUACCCUGGAAACAAUCCUCACGAAAGGAGAUGUGCAGUCUAUGGUGGUUGAGUACGAAGCACUAAAUGUUAUCAUACGCUUAAUGGAGCAAACUCCAGCCCAGAUGGGAGAAGAGGCUGUGAGGUGGGCAAAACUGAUCCUUCCUCUGGUGGUCCAUUCAGCCCAUAAAGUGCAGCUGCGAGGUGCCACAGCCCUGGAGAUGGGGAUGCCACUGCUCCUCCAGAAACAGCCCGAGGUGGCGGCUGUCACCGAGCACCUCAUGACCUCAAAGUUAAUUUCAGAACUCCAGAAGUUGUUUUCUACAAAAAACGAGACUUAUGUAUUAAAAUUAUGGCCACUGUUUGUCAAAUUACUUGGCAAGACUCUGCACCGUAGUGGCAGUUUUAUCAACUCAUUGCUGCAACUGGAGGAACUGGGAUUUCGUAGUGGCUCACCAGUGGUAAAGAAAAUAGCCUUCAUUGCAUGGAAGAGUCUAAUAGAUAAUUUUGCACUAAAUCCAGAUAUUCUGUGCAGUGCUAAAAGGCUGAAAUUGCUCAUGCAGCCACUGAGCUCAAUCCAUGUGAGGACAGAGGCUCUGGCACUGACAAAACUGGAGGUCUGGUGGUAUUUACUCAUGAGACUGGGACCUCAGCUGCCUGCAAACUUUGAACAGGUGUGUGUACCAUUAAUCCAAAGUACUCUGAGUGUCGAUUCUUCUGCUGCAUUGCAAGGAACUCCCUCCCGUCUGCCAGCCAACCAAAGUUUAGUCUCAGCAACCCCUGCACAGAAACCAGGUCCUUUCCCAUUUGCAAGUCCAGUCACACCAAGGAUGAACUUGAAUUCCAGUACAGCAGGAGUGGUGGCGAUUCCUUCCAUCCAGCUGUUGGGAAUUGAAAUGCUGCUUCACUUCUUGAUGGGACCUGAAGUUUUAGAUUUUGCUAAGCAAAACAAACUUGUACUAAGUUUAGAGCCUCUGCAGAACCCUCUGAUCAGUAGCCCUUCUUUUUUUUGUAAGCAUGCCAGCACACUUAUCAAUGCAGUUCAGGAUGGCUUUAUUGCAAUUGGAAAAGAAGUUCCUGAUUGUAUGCUGAAUGUUAUAUGGAAGGACAUAAAUGGAUAUGUAAAAACAGCUACUGAAUCAGGAAAUAAGAAAGAAAAGCAAGGGGCAGAAAUACUGACCAUGUUGCUCCAGGCCUUAAAAAACACUGUGAGAUCAAAUACUCUUCCUGUGCAGAAAAUGCUGUCCCUCAUUGAUAUUACUGUUAAGGAGCUGCCUCCAAAAGUACUGGGAUCACCAGCUUAUCAGGUUGCUGAUAUGGAUCUGUUAAAUGGAACACCAGCUUUGUUCUUGCUUCAGCUGCCAUUCCAUAAUAACCUCCUCAAGUGCUGUGUGACGGAUGAGAGAUUCUUUGUAAUCCUGGAAACACUCGUGGGUUAUGUUUUGUCUGGGCCUACGUCCCCCCUGGCUUUCAGCGAGUCUGUGAUCUCCAUUAUUCACCAGCAUGCAAAGCAAGUGGAGAAUAAGGAGCAUCUGUGGAGAAUGUGGAGUAUUAUUGUUAAUCCACUGACUGAAUGGAUUAAUCAGACUAAUGAGGUAAAUCAGGGGGAUGCACUGGAACACAACUUCAGUGCUGUUUAUAGUGCCUUGCUGCUCCCAGUGUCUCACAUCUUCCCCAUUCAGGAGUUUCCACAGGCCACUAUGAAAUCCCUGUUGCGCAUGUGGUCAGACCUGUACAGAGCCUUUGCUCGCUGUGCUGCCUUAGUUGCAACAGCAGAAGAAAACCUGUGCUGUGAAGAACUUUGUGCCAAAAUAAUAUCUGGGCUAGAAGGUGAAACUCCAGUAAUGUUUUCAAUGAUGGAUGGUCUUACCCAUAUUGUAUCAGUUAUGGUUGACUGCAUCAACUUUGCACCAUAUGGUACUAAAUAUCAACCAAAAAACAGAUCUCCACAGACACCUACAGAUUGGUCUAAGAAGAAAAAGGAACCCCUUGGAAAGCUUGCCUCUCUGUUUAAACUCCUGGUGAUGUUACUAAACUCUUUCCAUGUGUUCAGUUCCAAAGAAAUCUGUUCAGAAACAUUGGUCUCUGUCGGUCCUUCAGUUAUCGCUGUUCUUCACAACAUCAUCAGCCACGUUUCAUUGCCUUCAGUGAUUGGGACUAUGUUUGCAAUUUUUUCAAAACCCCUGGCAGUGUUUUAUGAGAAAACAAAGCUUGCUGAUGCAUCUAAAGCAUACAGUAACCUUAACAGCAAGCUGGAAAAGCUGCUGGCCGAGAUUGUGCAGUGCUUGCAGUCUCACUGCACGGGCUCCUACAACAGCGAGCUGCUGGAGCAGCUCUCUCCCCUCCUCUGUGUCAUGUUCCAGCAUAAGAGCAAACACAUCCGUAACCAGUGUGCCCACUUCUGGAAUGCAACCUUUGCCAAGACCACGUCCUUAACCUACCCUGAAGAGUUAAAAUCCGUGUUGAGCCAAGCCAAAAAGAAGAUCCCACUCUUGCUGCCUGGGUUUGAAAGCAUCGAGAUAGCUGAAGACUGCAGCAGCCCAUUCUCUGAAGGAGUGGAAAGUUCUCAGCUGGAUGCCAAGAUCAGCGGAAUGGGAGUAACUUUGAGUCACAAACGAGACUCUAUAUUGGCACGGGCAGGUGAACUGCAAAAUGAAGCAAAAGACAAGGCCAGUAACAUGUCAGGAGCCUCUGCAAAGUUGAAACUAGAAUUCGCAUCUUCGAAGACGAAAAGUGAGAUACCCUUGGAAGAGGAGAGAUCUGCUGAUUUUGUGUUUAUCCCUCCAGAAACCAAAACCAGAGUACUGACAGAACAUCAAAAAGAAGUGCUUAGGUCAAAGAGAGUUGGCAUCCCUGCUAUGUACAACAAUUUGGACACAUCACAAGAUAAUACCUUAUUUUCUCAGUACACUCAAAGCCAGGAAGAUUCUUUGGAAAAAUCACCUUUAAUAGAACCCACAAAAGAAGAUGCUAAAGAGGAGCCUCAGGAAGAAAAUGCAAAGAGCAAAGGGUGCUCCAGCAAAGAGGGCUGCAAGUCAGAUCAUCCCCUGGAGAGUGCUGCCUGCCUGAAAGAGCCCCCUGUGACUGUCAGAGAUCAGAGCUCAACCUCCAACUGCGAGGGGGACACCAAGAGAGACGCAGCUGAGGCCAUUCCAGAGGAGCCCUUGGUUGGAGAGGGACUGGCAAAACCUGGUGUGGAAACAGCUUCCAAGGAAUCCUUGGGAGGGAAUGAAAACACAUCAAAUGCCAGCAGCAGUUCCACAUCCAGUGACAUCAUCUCAGGCACACCACAGCCCGUGAGCCGGCGGCAGUCCUUCAUUACCCUGGAGAAGUACAGCAGCUCAGAGAGCAGACCCUUCAGCCUUUCUGCCUUAAACACUUUAGCAGAGGUGCCUGGGAACGCUGCAGGGGCAGGUAAACAGCAGUGUACAAACAGCUGGAAGCCUGGUGCUAAAGCAGAGAAAUCUGGAGAUGAAAACAAGAAGGCUUCAGGAUGUGAGGCCGAGCAGCUAGCGCCGGCCGCACGCAGGCUGACGCGCAGGCAGAGCAGGCUGGAGCUGCAGGGCAGCAGGCUGGAGCUGCAGGGCAGCAGGCAGCACAAGCUGCUGGGCUGCUCUGACUCCAACAGGAGCACCCGAGAGUCUUUUGCUUCCAGCAGCCUGGAAAAUAGCUUAGAACAGUCUCCUGCAGUAGAUGACGUGGAGCAUAUUCUCUUUACUCACUCCCAAACUCUCCUUUCUACAGAAAUAGAUAUUAAAAAAGCUGAAGAUACCAUAUCAGACAUGGAAAAUACUAAUGCCUUGGAUACAGAUUCUAAAGAAAAUACCCCCCCAGAGGCAGCUGUGCCCGGUGAGCAGGGAGCGGGUGACGAGAACCAGGCUCCACACGCGACCCCCGGCCAGAAGAUCCUGAGGCGUUCUGCACGGCGACGGGCAGAGGCUGCAGAGGGAGCGGCUGGGAGCCAGGAGAAGGAAGACGGCCACCAGAAGAGGGAGAGGCUGAAAGAGGAUGAAAAACCUGGGCAAAGGAAAGCCAAGGAUGAUGGAUCCCAAAAGCAGAAAGCUACGGAAAGUGCAGACAAGAAAGAAAGCAGCCUGGCCGAGAGAGCUGCUGCAGAGGUCUCGAGCUCCAGGGAGCCUCCUGCUGCCGGGAGCCUGGACGAGGAGCUGAGCAGAAGCACCAAGUCAGAAGAUGAGUUGAAGGCAGCCCCAGAGGGUCAGGACUGCAGCUGGAGCGCUCAGAAGGCGAAGCGCACCCGGUACCACACGAGAAGGGCUUCCCAAGGAUUGCUGGCCAGCAUCGAAAACUCCGAGGCUGACGCCUCCGAGAGCAAGGAGGAGAGCACAAGGAAGAGAAAACCUGCAAAAGGGAAGAACAGAAGCGAUUCUCUUGAAGGUAAACAGAAGGAUGUGCAGGCAGGGAGCCACGGCCACGAGGCGUCUUCCCAAGGGAGCGAGUCUGCCGGCCUCUUGGAAACCAGUAAAGGUGACAUGAGCGGCGAGGUGGGCGCGUUGGCACCCGGGCUGCCUGCCCCUGGCCAGGGGGAGCAGAGCCCUCCCAGCACAAUGCAGGCAUCCCAUGCCAGCCCCGCUGCCCCAGGGCCGGAUCCAGCCCCGCAGGCAGCAGGGGAGAACGUGCACGUGGAGAGGCAAACUAGCACAGGAGACUGCAGCACAGCUGCCCUGCCUGAGGGUGCAGCAGCAGCACGUGCUGCCCACGGUGACCCUUCCUUGCUGCAAGUACCUGAGUGCCAGCACAAAAGGAGCAAAAGGCAGAAAAAACCAAGGACCUGUGAGUGCUGCUUUAAGAAGUCAAAGCAGGAGGCAGAUUCAUCCACAGAACCAAAGCCUGAGCACGCUCAGGGCCCCAGCGAGCCCCCGGGCACUCCUGUUCUGACACCCCUCAGCACGGCAGAGGUGUCCAGUAGCUCACAUUUUGAGGAGAGCUUGUCCAUGGCACCCUGUGCAAUGAGCACACCGUUGCACACUCCUCAGGAGCACAGCACCUUGGACUUGGAAAGAGAGGAAAUGUCUGAAGAGAACCUGCAAGGGAGCAGUGUGGGAGGGGAGGAGGAGCGAGACACUCCGGAGGCUGCAGCGGGUGAAAGUGCUGACCCCGUGGUGGAAGUGAAGGAACCCCCUGGUCAGGGUGACCCAAGUGAGCAGCCUCUGCCUGAGGGUGUGCCAGGGGAGGCUGGUGAGGGCUGUGUGCCCGUGGGGAUUCCAAGCGAAGAACCAGCAGCUACAGAAAAAGAAGUCGGUCAGAAUGGAGAGCUGGAGGGGGAACCCGAGGUGCUGGCUGUCAAACCUGAGGAGGAGAUGGGUGAGGGAGAGAGCAAUCAGGAUGAUGGAGAAGCUGACAUUGUUGUGGGAGAAACCUGCAGUCCUCCAGAUAAAGAGAUAAAAGAGGAAGUAGUGGAAACUGAGCUUACAGUGCCUGAAGACGUGGCCUUAAGCAGAGAAGAUGCAGUAGGAGAAAACAGUGUGGGAUCACCUCAGAAGACAACAGGUCAGGACUCUUUAGUGCUCACUGGUGAGAGCCCCACUGCUGUGCAGGGACGCUGCACCUGGUCUCCUUCAGCUUCUCCAUCCACCAGUAUCUUAAAGAGAGGUGUGAAGAGGCAGCAAGAGGACGAUUCGCUGUCCCCUGCCAAUAAGAUCCGCCGAGUGUCCUUUGCAGACCCCAUUUACCAGGAAGGGCUGGCAGAUGACAUCGACAGGAGGAGCCCUGUCAUUAGAUCUCACUCUUCCUCCCCCUCUUCCCGAAGCCUCAGGAUUUUGUCCAACAUCCAGGCCAAGCAUAUUACCACUCCAACCAAAGGAUUUCUGUCCCCAGGAUCUCCUAACCCUAAAUUUAAGAGGUCAAAGAAGUGUUUAAUCACGGAGAUGGCCAAGGAGCCGGUGCUGUGCGGGGCCGAGUGCGUGUACCCGGCGCUGCUGGGCUGCAGAGCCCCGGUCGACGUCAUCCUGCCCCACAUCACCUCCAACAUCUGCGCCAGGGGCCUGGGGCAGCUCAUCCGAGCCAAGAACAUCAAGACAGUGGGUGACCUGAGCACUCUGACACCACUGGAAAUCAAAACCCUCCCCAUCCGCUCUCCCAAAGUUUCCAAUGUUAGAAGAGCUCUUAAAGGAUACCAUGAGCAACAGCUUCAGGUAAAAUCUCGAGGACCUGAGGAAAUCACAGUGCUGGAAGAUGCAGAAAGGCCUGUCAGCAAUGCAGAGGAGAAAUCUCCUUCUGGAGAUGAAGACAAACUGGCAGCAGACCUGACGGAGCCGGCGGUCGCGGACACGCGGGAGCAGCCGCCGGCGGAUCUGCUGAGCCAGGUGGCCGCCCUGGCAGCACAGCUCAGCCCCGAGGCUCUGCACAGCUACUCAGGCACCCAGCUCUUCGAGAUGCAAGAGAAACUUGCUGCCAUGACAAACUGUGUGCUGACAACGCUGCGGUCCCGCUGGCAGUCGCCACCCCGCCACAGUUCCGACUAGUUGGUAACAGUUUCUAAGUGAGGAGGAUUUUUGUUACAACCAUUUCCCCCCCUCCAAACCUGCUUUUUCUUACAGGUUGAAUUGUUUCCUUAAACUGUGUGUUUUGUACUCUGGAAGUUUUUUAACACCUGUGUGAAUGAAAUGUGCUGGGGGUGGGGGUGGUUUGUUGCCCUUCGUAUUGCAUCGCUAUGCAGCUUUCCUUCGGGUGGCGGAAGGAAACGUGUACAGAGUUGUGCAAUAGCAGAGACUGUGAAACCAAACCCACAGAGGAAUUAAAUUAUUGUUUUCUUUUUCCAAUCCAAAGUGUUCUUACUGCUGCUGCAGAUGGGUGUUCUUGGGGAAGGGGAGGGCUGUGCCUGCGCCCGGCUGGCCCCAGGGCAGCGGGGCUCUGGGGACCUGCCCCGGGCCAGGGGACAAUGCCUGGUGGCACACUCAGCUUUGUGAGGAUGCCACUCAGAAGCUGGGAAGGACACACGUUCCCUUCCAGCAGGAAGACUCUGCAACACUGCUCAUACUUGUUUUUCCCACAUUGUUUGUUUGCAGCAGUUCUCCUUCUGUGGAGAAGACUCCUUGGGGAAAAGAAUGGAUGUGACCAGAGCUCUUUGUAUAUUAUGUACAGAUUUAUGGCAGAUGUUGGUUAGUAAUUUAUGAUGGUGAGUUCUGGCUGCAGUGCUGCUUCUCAGAGACCUUCACAGAGUUCUCAGGUUUUACUCUGGAAACCUGAUCUGUAUAUAUUGUACUGUAGCUAUCAAAAUGGAGCCUUAUUGAAAGGAACUGCUGCAGGUGCUCUUAAGACCUUGCACACGGGCAAAUAAAACAGAAAAUUG